UUCAGCUCAGCCGCCUAGGUUGGUGAUGCAACUGCGCGUUUGCAACUGCGGACACGGGCUAGAACUCAGGGCGGCUCAUUUGACAGCGACCAAUCCACAGGGCGCAGCGUCCUUCGCACACACACAUAGACAGAGGCACGAGCACCACUCACACUACCGAGCCCAUCCCAAUAACGCGGAGCGCCUUGCGUGGGCUGCCAAUGCACACCCAGGACACCCACUCACACCUCGUCAGCCGGACCAGAGAGCCUGCACAACCGAAACGCCCGGCCCUUCCCCUCCGGCUCGCCGGGACAUGACAUCAAGUGCAGCCGGCGCAACGCCGCUCUUCGCCCGGGUGGGCAGGUGACUCCAGCACAGGCGCAUUGAUCUCUGGGGUGAAGCAUUCAGUACGUCUCAUUUUUUUUAUUUUUAUUUUUUUGCAACCCGCUUGCCUCCCUGAACUUGCACAUCGCGAUCGAGGAUCACCAGGCAUGGGUCCUCGAGAGUGUGAGGGAAAAAAUUCAAAGGUCCCCUCGGGUGUGUCUUGAUCUUCGCUCUGACGUCUAGCGAGUCGGAGCGGCUGGUGGGCUGGGUUGUGCUAUUCGCCGUCGCUUCGUCGAGCGCCCGCCAAGCGCUCUCGUCCGAUGAUGCGCGAAACAUGCUGGGUUGGAUCAGCUUCUCUUCAUGAGACAGAUGGCUUUCUCACCCCAUCCGCCGUGCCUUGUGUCCAGUCAUCCGAUGCGGGUUUCGAAUGCUGCUGAACG